AUGUGUGCAGAACUGCACUUUGAGCAGGCGGUGCUGAAACAUGCGCUCUCCAAGCACGUCCACCACUUUGAUUGCCGGGAUGGCAUGCGCUCACGUGCUAGGCCAGGCAGGCCAUGCCGGGUCAAAGCCCCGAGGUCGGCGCGCGAAGUCUAUGGACGGCCCCUGGCAGAGGUCGCUCAGGAUAUCUAUGCAGAUCUGGCACCGCCCGCGCCGCCCGCAUCCAGACCACCCCGAAGGUUCUGGCCAGCACUCCUGGACUUGAGACGCCCCAGCAUUCCGGCACCACGGUUGUGCCCACGGUGGGCGCGAAACUACCAGCACUUCAUGGAGAAGCAGAUCCUCCUAGACUCGGACAUCUCGGACAAUGCCAAUGCAGAGAACAUGGAGAAGGGCCCGAAGAGUGACACGUCAUCGGAAGAUGAUGAUGAAAAGUCUCCGAGGCUUGGGGAGAGACAUGAGAGGUCUCAGAGCCCUCAGAGCCCCCAGAGCCCUCGUCCGAUUCGCACCUUCAAGGGGCGGGAUCCUCAGGAAGAGGCCUGGAAGAGGUGGCAGUUUCUGCAGCACAUGCCCAACUACUUGGCCUGGAUGGUCGAACAGAAGGAGUACCGGGAAUUGGUCAGUAAAGGGCACCAGUCCCAGCUCAGUAGUGCUCGGCGUCAGGUCAUGGCAUCUGACCUGGCUGUGCUACUGCGUGUUCUCCCAAUGUUCAGCGAUGGUGACAACGACGGCGGCGAUGACAGGGACGUUGCAGAGGAGCUGGCUCUCGUGCUCAGCAGCACAGGCCGAAGAAGCAGACCCACACGCGCACAACCGCCCACGGUACAGAGGCGGGCAAGCAAGUUGUCGUCACUGCCAACCGCCACUACGGCGAUGGAGUCACUAGCUACUCGAAGAGCAAGUGUGGAGAACAUGGCUGACAGUAUUGUAGAGGCAAUACGUGUGGCGAGCGGCAAGGCCAAAGCGGCCCGGCCUCCGAGCAAAGGUCGAAGCAUUCCCAGCUCGAAGAGGAGGCAGUCGCAGAGCCAAGAGCGCUCGCGAACCGCUGGACACCUUCAGUCGCAGUCCGGGCAGUCCGGGUUGCAAUCCCGCAGAAACAGCUCUGCACUCGGCUCGGAAGCCGAUGAGCACCAAGAUUCUCCGGCAUCCUUGGAGACGGUCUCAUUGGAGAGCUUGCUUGACGCGUUGCCUUCUGCGACCAAAGUGCGCUGGGGUGAUAUCCUCAAGGUCACGGAUGCAGAUCUGCACAGCAGCAAGCACCGCUUUAUCAUGAGAAUUGCACAUGCGCUGCGGCAGAAGCCACAAUGGUUCAUCGUCCACGAGUCGAUCGGCUCUGGUGAGAUGUCGGCAGAGCUUGUGGAGCCACAGCCGCUGGACUCCCCACUGCCACCUUCUGCAGAGGACGUCCCGCAACGGUGCCACUGUUGGCUUGGAUCGCUGAUGGUUCUGCAUCGCCUCGAAGAGGUCGCGGAGGUGCUCUCCGAGUCUUGGCAGUUUCAGGUCUCCUUGGAGCGCCUGGAGCGCGUUGCGGCCUCUGUGGAGCGAGCAGAGAGCCUCGUGCUCUGUGGUGGCUUCGCCCUGACCUUGGACGUGUGCCGGGCUCGGGCCACGGACCUCCUGUCGCCCCUGCGGCCCCUGCCGGGCUCCGAGGCGCUCUCACCGGCCUGGCUGAAGCGUGUCUUCGAGACCAGAGACGAGGAGGACAAUCCCCACGAGCUUGGUGACGAUCUGCGGCUCCUGGCGCAGUGCCUGGCGCACCAGGCAGCCGGAGAUGGCUUUGAACAGGACAUUGACAGCCCCGCGCGCGAGUUCAGUGAGGAUGCGUGGAGGCACUUCUGCAGGACCUAUCUUGGUGAGCAUGCGGACGAUCAGGAUGCAUCCGCUUUCGCCGAAGCCACCGAUCAUCUGCUUCCCGAGACCUCUCGCAGGCAUGGUGAGGUGCUCUACAGACCCAUGCUGGGAGCGUUGAUGCUGGAGUUGCUGCUUCAAAGGGAGGUGGCCCAUCGUGUGCGCUCCAGCACUGAGAAGGUGGAAAACUCGGAUCUGCACUGGAGGGUCGAGAUCAUCGACUCCAGCAUGAAGGACUACCUGCCGGAGCUCAUGUGGCAGGUGAUGGGCUGGAAUACACCGGCCGGACGCAGAGUGCUGCGAAGGUUCAGCUUUGCGUUCUUCCAGCUCACUGCAGAGACCAAGAACGAGAUGUCGCGCAAGGGCUUCCUCCGACUCUGCCACGACGCAGGCUGGGAUGCUCAGUUCCGGAGCCGAUCCGCCAGCGAUGCCUUCUUUGGGAGCAUCUUUGAGGAUGCGGUCAUUGCCAACACUGCAGACUUGCUCAACUUCCAUCAGAUUCUCAAGAUGUUGGCUGAGCUGGUUGUUCUUCCUGACAGAGGCUGCUGUGGAAUUUUCGCAGCGUUGCAAUGUGUCGCAGACGACCUGACGGAAGUAGUCCGAGCACAAGAGCAAUCAGCAUUGAGCGCAAGCAACCGUGCAAGCACCGCAGCUGCCAAAGGGGCUCAGGCUCGCGAGCGGAGGUUGUUGGUAACGAGAUAG